GAAGGUAUCAGCUUCUGCUGAUAAACUUACAUCUUCAAGUUCACACUAUAUGAAAUCUUUGAUUUUUUUGGACCUAAGCUUUUGCAAUCUAAGUAUAGUCCCUGAUGCUAUUGGAGAGCUAAGGCAUUUAGAAAGGCUAAAUCUAGAAGGAAACAACUUUGUUUCAUUACCAUCUUCAAUGGGGAGUCUUUACAGUCUAGCAUAUUUAAACUUGACACAUUGCACCAAACUUCAAUCAUUGCCUGACCUCAAAUUGUGUGCUACUUGUUCAUCCGGGGGAAGUUAUUUUAAAAUGAUAUCCGGAACUCAUAAUCAUAGGUCAGGAUUAUAUAUUUAUAACUGCCCCCUCUUAAAGAUUGGAGAAAAAAGUCAAGACUUGGCAGUUUCGUGGCUGCAUAAUUUAGCUCAGAGUCCUCAUCAUUUCCGGGGUGGCUUUGACAUUAUUGUUCCCGGGGAGAAUAUUCCUGACCGGUUUGAUAGAAAAUUUAAGGGACGUGCUAGAGUACGUGUACGAAAUUAUAUGAGAAUGUAUAAAGAUUGGAUUGGAUGCGUCUUUGGUGUGGUAUUUGAGGGGCCAAAGUUUGGUUCUUCACAUCAUUCAGAUUCCUGGGCGCAACACUGUUGUCUAUAUCUUUCUUUUGAAAAUGAAGAAACAGAAGAAACCUUUGACAUACCAAUUCGGUUAGACCUGAACAGUGUUGCUCUCUCAAAUGAAAAACAUACCUGGCUAAUUUAUAUCUCUAGGCCCCACUGCCAUUUCGUGUCAACAGGAGCAACUAUCACAUUCAAAGCUCACAGAGAUCUCAAGUUGUUAAACUCGGGAAUACAAAUGGUAUGGAACAAGGAUUUCUCUAGUACUACAUUAGAGAUGGGGACAAAUAUUUUCAAUGGACCAAAGUUUGUUGGAAAUAAUUAUGCAUCUUUAAGUAGCAGGAGCCGCAGUAGGCCUGAAAUCCAGCUUCCUUAUGAUUGGCGUGAUGCCGAUGAAGAGGAAAAGCCUGAGAUUCAGCUUCGUCAUAAUUUGGGUGUUGCCGAAGAAGAGAAAAGGCCUAGAAUUCAGCUUCCUUAUAAUUGGUAUGUUACUGAGGAAGAUGAAGACGAGAGAAGGGGAGUGAAUGUUCAUCUCUCAAGUAGCAGCCUUACAAGUUUCCAGAGUGGACGUAACUCAUGAUUUGUAUUAAAAAAAAAACCCUCCAUAAUUUAUUUGGUUUAUUUCUGCUAUUUCCUAUACACAUGAAAAAAGUAAUAAAAUAUAGGCAAAAUUGUUUGUGUUU